AUGCCUUGGGAAGAAACAGCCAGGAAAUGCUUUGUAAAAGAAUUUCCUGCCCAGUGCAUCAGUUGCCUGCAGGAAAUGACAGACAACAUUGAUAGGAUCCACAAGGGCUGUACCACUGCCAGCCUUGUUUCUAAUUCUACAAGUGCCAUUUCUGGCAUCUUGACCAUCCUGGGAUUGACCUUGGCUCCUAUCACAGCAGGUGGGAGCUUAAUCCUAAUAGCCACUGGGGUUGCCUUGUGGGCAGGAGCCACAGUGCUAGGCCUUUCUGCAGUUUUAUAUGAGAAUAUUAUCAAUUCAAAAGAAAGGAAGAAAGCUCAAAGGCUGAUGAAUGAAUGUGAGAAAAGCCUAAGAAAGUCAGUGCUUCUUAAUACAAUAGGCUUCAGCACUGAACUGACCUCAAAUAAUGGAGUGAUGGGGGAGAAUGCCAAACACCUUGUCUCUAAUAUUUCUGGCCACAUUCAUGACAUGUACAUGACUGCAAAGAAGAUUAAAACAAAUGUAAAGGCAUGGAAGACUGUUCAAGCACACUCAAAGGCUUUAGCAAAGCAAGCAGCUGAUGCAGGAAGCAGCUCCUGAGGUACAUUUAGGAAUUUAUAUCAAAAGAUAUUAAAAAAAGCUUUCCGAGGAUCUACCCUUGCAAUGACCAAAGGAGCCAGGAUGCUAAAUGCUGUAUCCGCUGGGGUGUUUCUCCUGAUUGAUGCCCAUGGCCUUGUCCAAGAUGCGAAGCAUUUGAUAAAGGGAGCCAAAGCAGAACUGGCUGCAGAGAUAAGAAAAAAGGCAAGCAAACUUGAAGAGGAACUGGAGAAUCUUAGCAAACUCUACAAUGACCUGAAAGACUUGAUGUAA